UUGGAAAUGACGAAUGGGUUGCAGGCUAAAGCGGCCCGGAUGCAGGACGUCGAUCUGGAAGUGAAACAAUUGCGCGAGACGCUAGCCGAGUACAACGAGGAAUUCCGUCAAGUCCGCAACCAAGAGGUGACAAUCAAGCAGCUGAAGGAGAAGGUCCGCCAAGCUGAAGAAUCCCUGGAACUAAUAGUUCAGAGUCGAGUAGAGGAGCACGAGGACGUCCUAAGGAGCCAAUUCGAGGAGAGGGAACGUGAGUUGGUCGAGUUGAACCGACUGACUGCCCAUCGUUUGGCCCAAGCCGAAUCGAAAUUCGCCGCCCAGCAAGCCACUGUCACUGAACUGCAGUCGGAACUGUUCGACGCAAAAGCCGGAGCCGAAGUCAUUUCCCAUGCCAAGCUCGACGAAAUUGAAAUAUUAAUGCAGGAUCUGGAUCGAGCUAAUCAGCGUGCUGUUUUGGCCGAAAAGGAAUUGUCUGUCCUCAAAGAGCAAUUUGAGAGAGCUGAAGACAGCAGCAAGCGGCAGCGGCUUAGCAGCGAUCAGGCCAAUGAAGCUCCACCUCCACCCAACAUGGACACGCCCCUCGACGUGAUGGGCAGACCUUCAUUACUCGAACUAGCCGCCAAGGAAAAAGAGGUUCAGACAUUGAUCGAGGACGUACAGAAAUUGCAGUCGACGUUGAACCAGUUGCGCGAAUCAUCUGCUCGCCAAUUGUCGAAUUUCGAAGAAGAACUGCAGGUGCGCGGUCGGCACAUUCAGCGAUUGGAAGCUCAACUCGAAGCGCAAAAAGACUACCAGGAAAUCCGGCGCGAACUCAGUAUCUUGAAAUCGAUCGAGUUCCCGCACCUGUCGUCGACCGUUGACGACGAAGAGGAGGACGAGCGUCGCGAAGACACUGCCAAGAAAUCGGACAAAGUAUCCACUUCCGCAUUAGCUGGCGGUAACAAACCGUUAGAGGUCUUGCUGCUGGAACGCAAUAAAGCUCUCCAGUCGGAGAACACGGCGCUCAAAGUCGCCAACAGUGAGCUGCAAGGAGAAGAAGAAAAAACAGUGACACUUCCGUUGGAAGAAACAUCACCUCCAUCACCUCCGCCUUCGUCUUCCUCGUCGGCAUCGCCCGGUCCGGCCGCCUUGUCUUCCAGCGACGCCAUCGACGCCGGUACGGCCAACGACAACAACAACAAGAGCAAGACGACAGAUUGCCAAGGCGAUCAUUCUGCGAGCAACAACAAUAACAACAACGACGACGACGAAGACGACGACGACAUGCCAUCGUCGACGCGACUCGGUUUGAACAGCCCGAUGGCGGCGGCGGCGGCAGCAGCUGCGGCGGCCGCGUCGGCAUCGGUCGGCGCUCACGUCGGUCCACCCCCUCCGUUUUCGCCUUUCGUCGGCGCAGUUUCCGCCUCCGGUCUGAUGGGUCCGCGACACUUGCCGCCCGUCUUCCACCCCGUUUUGGGCGGACUCGGAUCGCUCGGACAUUUCUUCAACGAAGACAUGCUGCUCCACUGGCGGCGAUCGCUCGAAGCUUCCAUGUUGAGCCAUCACCAUCAGCAGCAGCAGCAAUUACAGCAACAGCAACAACAGCAGCAACAGCAGCAAGAGCGACGCUUGACGUCGCCCGAUCGCGCCAGAGCCUCCAGUCCCGGCAGCGACAACGGUGUUGAGGAAAACAGCAGCAGCUUGUUCGGCCAGCGGACGCCGACGAGAACGACGACGACGGCCGACGGGCCGUCCACUACGCCAACUAACGCACCCAGAUGUCCGUCUACGCCGAGCGGCCAGCAGGGGCAGCAAGUCAACACAUCGACGCCUAAUUCAUGCGGUAUUACCACUCUACCCGGCUGGCCUAGCUGGGAAGAUUCGCACCUUGCCCGGCUUCAACAGGAAUUCAUCAGCCGAGGUGGCGUUUAUCCAGGUUUCGGCGGGCCGGGCAGCGUCAACAGCCUGGCUGGUGGUGCCGGCCUAGGCAAUGGUAGCCUGGACGGUGGCGACGGACCGUCAGCGGCGGCGCUGGCCUCGCUGAUGUCCCUUCCCGAAGGUUUGACGUCGUUGUUGGCCAAGAGCAACCCGCUCGAGGCCCGUCUGCAGGAGAUGCUGCGCGCCACGAUGGAGCGCUACGCCAGCCAAGCGCUGGACACGUUGGCCAUUUCGCGCGGCGUCCGCGAGCUCCUGUCCAUGCACAACAUCGGCCAGCGUCUCUUCGCCAAGUUCGUGCUCGGCUUAUCGCAAGGCACCGUCUCCGAGCUGCUCUCCAAACCGAAGCCGUGGGACAAGCUGACGGAGAAGGGCCGCGAUUCCUAUCGCAAAAUGCACGCCUGGGCAUGCGACGAGGCCGCCAUUUUGCUCCUCAAGUCCCUCAUUCCACGCAAAGGAAAAGAAACCGGGGGAUCGUCAGUAGCGACCAAGACGGAAGAGAGCGCCGUUACCGAGGAACGCAUCGCCCACAUCCUGCACGAAGCCAGCGCCGCUCUACGGGCGCAACAAGUCGACGAUUCGGGUAGCGACGAGAGCAAACCGCCCAGCCAAACACAGACGCCAUCACCCGGCCCGAAAGUGGAACCGAUAUGCCCAUCGGCUGGAGCCAAUGCCACACCAACGUCUAGUGCCACUACCACCACUACCACCCCCACCUCUUCGUCUAGCCAUCACCACCACCACAACAACAACAACAAUAGUAGCAGCAGUGCUAAUCUGUUGUUGCAACAACAACAACAACAGCAACGUCGCGGACGCAAACCAGAUCACGACGAUAUCUCGCAAGAGCAAGUACUGCGCAUCUAUCACGACGAACUGGCCAAAAUGAUGUCGGCAGGCUCGUCGACCGCAUUCAAUCCAGCCGCUUUUAAUCCGGCCCACCUAUCCGGAUUAUCUGCCCUGGCAGCUGGAGGCGGACCCAGAGCCAUGGCAUCCAAUCUCCGCGACUACAAUAGAUCGUACACUAGCGCACUCUUUGAGCGGACACCCGAAGAGAUCCGCAUGGCUCUCGAUGUUUACCAACAGGAGCUCAACCGGUUGAUGCAGCCGCCGACGUCAUCGAACGCCACCAAUGCGACGACGACGGCGACAGCCACAACGGCAGCCGCUGGCCAUUUGACAUCGACGCCCGUCGGCAGCGCCGGAAGCCAACAUCAAUCGACGACAAGCAUAAGCGGACACGUGAGCAAUGGUUUCCCUCAAGACCUGUCGCUACCCAAAAGCGCCACGGGGGCCGGAAGCGUGCGGAGCGACGAGGAAAGCUCGGAGCGGGACGUGGGCAAAAUGAGAUCAGCUGUCGGCUCGGCUGCCAACAACAAAUCGUUGCUGCUCACGCCGGGCGAGAAUGGCGAACGGAGUAGGAGCGUCGCUGGAGAGACGGCCAGCAGCAAUUUAGCGCACAGUUCGUCGAAAUCGACGGACAAUGCCAUGGGCCUCUACAUGCCUCAUUCGCUGCACAACAUUCUUCGGCCGUCUUCCAGCCUGUCGCCGGACGAAUCCAGUACGGCGACGACAGGAGCCGCCGGAAGUGGCGCUGCCGGUGCGGGUGUGACGGCUGCAAAUGGCGGCGUAGCUUCGCCGUUGCAGCGCAUCGCGUCCAUCACCAACUCGUUGAUGUCGCAGCCGGCCAAUCCUACGCUGCCGCAGGUGACGCAACGACCGAUGAAAGCCAUCUUGCCUCCCAUCACUCAGCAACAGUUUGACACCUACCAGAACCUCAACACGGAGGACAUCGUCAAAAAGGUGAAAGAACAGCUGAGCCAGUAUUCUAUUAGCCAGCGAUUGUUUGGCGAGUCGGUGCUGGGCCUCUCUCAGGGAUCCGUGUCGGACCUGCUGGCCAGGCCUAAACCGUGGCACAUGCUGACUCAGAAAGGGCGUGAACCGUUCAUCCGGAUGAAAAUCUUCUUGGAAGACGAGAACGCCGUCCACAAGUUGGUGGCGUCUCAGUACAAAAUCGCACCGGAGAAACUGAUGCGGACGGGCGGCUAUUCCGGAUCGUCACAAUCAGCUUUGAAGAACUCGGUGGCCAAGAUGAUGACACCCACAUCAAUGCCGGCCACGUCGCCGGCCAUGUCGGCCAGCGGCAAUUCGACUGGAGGUAUGGAUUUGUCGCCAAAUAGCCUCGCCCAUUCGGCCAUGGCUCUGCACGGCCUCAGAGGCCCCACCAGCGCCCUCGCAUCGCUGACACACGGAGCUGGAAUGGAUUUGAAUUCGUCCCUUUCCGGACGGACGAGUCCCAUCCCGACUGGGUUGACUUAUGGCGCCACGUUGGCGCAUUUCAUGUCUGCCCAGUCGAGCCUCAAUCAGCGCAACCUCGCGUCCCAUAUGGCGCAACAGCACCAACAGCACCAACAACAACAACAACAACUGCAUCCAUCUCCAGUUCUGGUCAAGAGCGAAAAGAAUUCCGGCUCUGCUUGCGUCAGCAAAUCGUUGUCCAGCACUCAGCUGGGCGGCCAUAAUAACAAUAGCACUAGUAACGGUAUGACGCCCAGUCCGAUGGACGACAAUUCGACCCCAUCAGCCGGCCACGGUUUAUCCGGAUCAGGAAUUCCGACCUUGGCGGCCUAUUCACUUCCGGCGCACAGCGUCUACGAGCUGGCGGCGUUGACGCAAGAGCUCGACACCCAGGGAAUGACGACCAAGAUCAAAGAAGUCCUCCUGGCCAAUAAUAUCGGACAAAAGAUCUUUGGCGAGGCUGUGCUGGGCUUGUCGCAAGGCUCCGUCUCUGAAUUGCUGUCCAAGCCGAAACCGUGGCACAUGUUGAGCAUCAAGGGCCGAGAGCCGUUCAUCCGCAUGCAACUGUGGCUGAGCGACCCGCGCAAUAUCGAACACAUCCAGCGAUUGAAGACGGAACGACGGGAGGCCGGCAAGCGCCGACGCGAUCUGGGAUUCCCGAUGAGCGCUGCCGAUACGGCCGGACCCAAUUCCAACGCUUCGAGCAAUACCAAUUCGUUCAUGGGCGGCGAUAAUUCGAGCAACGAUGGCUCGAUGGGCGGAAGCCCGUCUCCUUACAGCGGCAAUGCGAACCACCACCAUCAAGCGACGUCGUUGACGACGGGCGCUGGCGCUUCGCUGUCGUCGUCGUCGCCGUCGCCGGCCAAGAAGCAGCGCAUACUCUUCUCUGACCAGCAGAAGGAAGCGCUCAAGUUGGCCUUCAGUUUGGACCCGUACCCGAGCACAUCGGUGAUGGAAUUUCUGGCCCAAGAGCUCAACCUGUCCACUCGGACCAUCACCAACUGGUUCCACAACCACCGCAUGCGCCUCAAGCAACAGCAGUCCAACUCUUUGGAUUGCCCCGCCAAGGAAGAGAUCUCGUCAUCCGCUUCGCCGGCCGCCAUGGUCAACGGUGGCCGUGAAAGUUCGGGCCAGUUUGAUCCCAUCCACUUCCGGCUGCUCUUCCAUCAGCGUCUGUUUGAAAUGCAAGUGGCUGCGGGCGAGGACGCUUCAGGACACGCCGCCGCCGCCGCCGCCACAGGUGGUAGCGGUAGCGGUGGUCAUCACCCUGGCGCCGGCGCCGGUGGUAUGAAUUUACCCGCCUCAUUGGCCGGCCUGCCGCCCCAGUUGGCGGGCAAUUUGAACAUGAUGGCGUCGCUCGGUAUGCCCUACCCGUUCUACGCCACUGGCAUGUUGUCGCAAUUUUGUAUGGGACUGGGCAACCCGUCGCCGGACAUGGCGCCCGGCGCCGAGGGACUCGAUUUGACGUUGGCCAGGCAACGCGUUGCCGCCCUCGCUCAGAGCGAUUCGGAAGCCGAAGAAAGCGAUUGCGAGUCAGACACGUCCAGCCGGACGGGGCCGACGACAGCGCAGCACAGACGUGACGGACGACCCCCUGCCAAGAUGGCCAGUCCCUUAAUGACGGCCAUGGCUGCGGUGAAGACGGCGGCUGGCAAUCACCUGAGCAUGUCGUCUCAAGAGGAGCCGGCCGCGCAGGCGGCCAGAUCGUCUCGUCGCAGCCGCAAACCUGCCGCUCCUCAGUGGGUCAAUCCGCACUGGCAACAGAAUUCGGCCACCCGCGAACGCGACCGUUUAGAAUCGGAAGACGGCCGUGACAGUAGCGAAGAGCGUGACAAGAAGAAAGCCAAACUGUUGUCUUCUCGCUUUCAUCACAGUGUCGAUGCCAAUUUGAAUAAUUUCGUUGAGACGGACGCUAAAACGGCCGGCGGUCAAAGUUCGGCCGAUGACGAUAAAUACGACAACGACGAGGACGAAGACGAUGAGGAAGACGAGUCGGCCAGCAACAAAUUCAACCAUCGGCACAUUACUAGCCCGUCUCGUCGGUCGUCACCUUCCCCAUCGCCCUCCUCCGAUGAGGACAAGAUGGACGACGAUCAGGAAGCCAAAGAUGAUGAUAACAACGAACAUUCUUAACCCCAUCUCAAUGGCGAGACACUUUCGGUCUGCUGUGGUUAUAGUGUGCGUGUGUGUUUAGUGAAGCGAUGGCCACACAGCCAGUUGGAAGCUGAACUUGUACGUCUAGACGUUUCUGUGCUCCAUCGCCUUUCUCAUCACGCAAACUGCUGCACUCCCCCCUUUCCUCCACCUCCUCCUUCUUCAGUGUCUCCCGUUUAUCUAAUGUGGGAAAAAGAGAAAGAGAGAGAGAGAGAGGACAAAACGUUACAACACAGCCGAAAUGGGGUUGGAUUCUUUAAAGAAAAGAAGAAAAAAAAUCGUUUUUAAAUAAUUUAUAUUUAAAAGUUUUUUUAGUCAGAGCAAAUUCCGCUCUCAAAACAGAUAAGGAGACAAAAAUCGAUAUGCGCUGACCGAAUGCAUGCGUGUGUAUGCCUGUUUGUUGUUAUUAUAAAUAUGAUUAUUAUAUAAUUCAGUUGUUUGGUAGGCAUUUUUGCGGGAAGGAUUAAUUUUUUUUUUCUUUUUUACGUGUGUGAUAAUCGGCGAUUAAUUUUUAGCCGAACGCAGGUCUCGUCAAAGUGCCACUUGGUGGUCAGAACGGACAGACGGGAAUGGGUGGCGAAAAGGGCUGCUGAAUAAUUAAAAAAAAAAAAUUAACAAAUAAAAAUGGGGACAAAGUUUAUUAGCCACCGAAUUUAUUCAAAGAAUGGAAACAAAGCAAAAAAAAAUAAAUAAAUAAAUACGUACGCUGUUAUCUAUAGGAUGAGCAAUUUCCUUCCUCCUUUGUCUUUCUCCCCUUAACGUCUAUCCAAAAAGAAAAGUCCUCCCCAGAAAGAGUGGGGGAGGGGGGAGGAUGCGUGACAUUUGCUUCGUGUUAACGUUCGUUACCAGUUCCUCUUCUUACGACGCCAGUCUUUUAUUUUUUUCGAUCCUAUUUUAUAUCUCUUUUUAUUUUUUUAUUUACUCGGUUGCUCCCGUUCCAUUCGUAUGUAGUUGACACCAACAUACACACACCCAUCCGGUGUAGGGGCGCAUCAAAAAAAGUUUUGUCGCCCGCCUAUUUUGCAUUGAUUGCGGCAAAAAAAAAAAAACUAACAAACAAAACAAGAGAAACAGAUACAAAAGUAAGAGCUCGCGUACGUGCGCGUGUGUUUAUGUUUCAUUCCUUCCUUCCCCCUUUUUUUUUUUCCCACCGGGAUUUCUUAUUAACCAAUUAAAUUAUUUGAGAAAAGAUAAGGGAAAAGUUAAAGAAAAUUUAAAUGCGGGGAAUAGAAGUUUCUUGUACUCGUCUACUCAUCCGACUCCAAAGAUGUCGUCUUCUUUUUUUGUUUGUUUGCUCCCGAUUUUUUACUUGUUAGAUGUUGUGUGAAGGGGAUUAGUUUUCUUUUACGUCUUCCUCAAUUCGUAACGAGAAAUAAGACGAAAGAGCAGCUUUCCAUUUGGUUUUAUUUUUCCCGCUUCUUAAUCCGUUCUGACCUCCAAUUUUUGUUCUUCUUUUUUCUUUUUUUUUUUUU